AUGUGACAUUCAUUAUUUUUCUAAACUCAAAAAUAAAGGCGAUUAUCUAGCAAACUAAGAUUUUGAUGAGUCUUAUUAUUGCACAUUCACUUAGUAUCUCAUUCAUGGAAUUACUGUGAACAAGUUGAAGGAUGAACCAAUCCAACUUUUUAUCUUCCGUCACUCCGACAUCCAUCGACAACAACUCCCCUCGAGACAAUCCUCCUUCAACCUCAGCUGGAUAUACUUUCAUGACAUCAGGCUUAUCUGAUGGUUUGCCCCAGAAUAUGUUCCAAUCAGAUGAAGCUUCCUAUUAUGAGGACAUGGGUGAAGAAUCCUCGUCACAGGAAAUGAAAAAAGAAGGAAUCAACUGGUCCAGCAAUUCUCCACCUUUUGUCAACUACUCUGGUGCAAUACCCAACACAACAUCUAGCCAAAUGGGAAACCCUAUGAGUGAUACGCCUAUUCCUACAACGUUUUGCGGACCCGAUGUGCCAAAUUCUGGCUUUUCCAACACCACAUGUGUACUGAAUGACACUAUGGAGUACGAAGAUUCUCACAGCAGUGCAUCUCUCUGUGAUCAGCGUGCAAGAUUUUUACGCACAGCCCAGGCUUUGAAGGAUUCAGGCUUAAUUGGUGUGACAGUGCAUCUCGCUAAGAUUUUAAAGGAAAAUGAGGAUGCACAAGGUGAGCUCCAACAACUUAAAGAGGAAACUAGAAACUUUCUUAUAGAUGUGCUCAAUAAUCCAGAAAACACUGAUCUUAGACCUUUUUUUGAAGCCAAGGGGUUUAUCCCUCCAAGGACUUGACUGCUGAACUUAGGGACGAGAAACUUUAAAACAAUGCUCCAUAGUAACAACUGGGUGUGACUGGAUCGCGGAAAGUGUGGUCAGAUAUUAUAAGCAACUAUUUUGGUAUUGUACGUGAUAUGAUAUUGGAGGUAUUUUAUGUAUACACUGAUUAUUAUGUUUGAAUGAUUAU